AAUCCUGGUGUUUUAUUUCACAUCCUUACUGCAUUAAAAUUGUUAUGGAAACCAUGCAUUUCAAUGGGUCUUUGGACAGCCCAUUGCUCACCAUUUCACUAAAGAUACUAAUUUUCUCUAGGAUGCAGUAAGACUAAUAGAAUUAACACACACAAAUGUCUCCCGCAUGAAUCUCCCCACCUUCCCGGUGAUUGUACACCUGCUUUCCUUAUAUGGCGAACAAGGAAGUAACCGUGUUGAAGUAGCUUUUAAACACAGCUUUUCUGCUUUGCCUGGCCAGGUAGCUUCUGUUUUCCUUUCAAUCUUAAUGAAAGCUUUUGAAUUUACAGCUCGAGUUACUUUUCAGAGCAGUGUAAGUAGUUUCAUGUUUUUUCUUACACUGCAAGAAAGACUUUCACGGCCUCCAGCUUUGGUCCUUGUAACCCUGGAGGUAAUUCAUUUUUAAUCUGUCUGCACAGUGAAAACUGAACCGAAUGGGGAUUGAGCUGCUCUGCCUGUUCCUGCUACUUCUAGGAAGGAAUGAGCGCGUCCAAGGUGGUUGUGCCUGGGGCGGUGCAGAAACCUGCUCAGACUGCUUGCUCACGGGACCUCACUGUGCCUGGUGCUCCCAGGAGAAUUUUACUCACCGGUCUGGAGUUGGUGACAGGUGUGACACCCCAGCGCGUCUUUUGGCCAAAGGAUGUCAAUUACCCUUCAUCGAAAACCCUGUCUCCCAAGUGGAAAUACUUCAAAAUAAGCCUCUCAGCAUAGGCCGACAGACAAAUAGCUCUGACAUUGUUCAGAUUGCUCCUCAAAGCUUGGUGCUUAAGUUGAGACCAGGCAGUGAGCAGACUCUGCAAGUGCAAGUCCGCCAAACGGAAGAUUACCCAGUAGAUCUGUAUUACCUCAUGGAUCUCUCGGCCUCCAUGGAUGACGACCUCAACACAAUCAAAGAGCUGGGCUCCCGGCUUGCCAAAGAGAUGUCUAAAUUAACCAGCAACUUUAGACUGGGCUUUGGCUCUUUUGUGGAAAAGCCCGUUUCUCCCUUUAUGAAAACAACACCCGAGGAAAUCACCAACCCUUGCAGCAGUAUUCCCUAUUUCUGCUUACCUACAUUCGGGUUCAAGCACAUUUUACCACUGACUGACGAUGCCGAGAGAUUCAACGAAAUUGUGAGAAAACAGAAGAUUUCUGCUAAUAUUGACACACCCGAAGGUGGAUUUGAUGCAAUUAUGCAGGCUGCUGUGUGUAAGGAAAAGAUUGGCUGGCGCAAUGACUCGCUUCACCUCCUGGUUUUUGUGAGUGAUGCCGAUUCUCAUUUUGGAAUGGACAGCAAGCUGGCAGGCAUUGUCAUUCCCAAUGAUGGGCUCUGUCACUUGGACAACAGGAAUGAAUACUCCAUGUCAACUGUCUUGGAAUAUCCAACGAUUGGUCAACUCAUUGAUAAACUGGUGCAAAACAACGUGCUACUGAUCUUUGCUGUAACCCAAGAACAAGUCCACUUGUAUGAGAAUUAUGCAAAACUCAUUCCUGGGGCGACCGUGGGACUGCUUCAGAAAGACUCCGGAAACAUUCUCCAGCUGAUCAUCUCUGCUUAUGAAGAACUGCGGUCUGAGGUCGAACUGGAGGUAUUAGGAGACACAGAAGGACUCAGCCUGUCUUUUACAGCUAUCUGUAACAAUGGCGUCCUCUUCCCACACCAAAAGAAAUGCUCCCACAUGAAAGUUGGGGAUACAGCAUCCUUCAACGUGACUGUGAGCAUAUCCAACUGCGAGAAAAGCAGAACCCUUACCAUAAAGCCUGUGGGGCUGGGGGACACCCUGGAAAUACUCGUCAGUGCAGAAUGUGACUGCGCCUGCCAGGGAGAAAUAGAAGCCAACAGUUCCAAGUGCUACCAUGGGAACGGCUCCUUCCAGUGUGGGGUAUGUGUCUGCAACCCCGGCCACAUGGGUCCUCACUGUGAGUGUGGCGAGGACAUAGUGAGCGCAGAUUCCUGCAGGGAGUCCCCGGGGCACCCCUCGUGCAGCGGAAGGGGUGACUGCUACUGUGGGCAAUGCGUCUGCCACUUGUCCCCCUACGGGAGCAUCUACGGACCUUACUGCCAAUGUGACAACUUCUCCUGUCUGCGACACAAAGGCCUGCUCUGUGGAGAUAAUGGUGACUGUGACUGUGGUGAAUGCGUGUGCCGAGAAGGCUGGACCGGCGAGUAUUGCAACUGUACAACCAGCAGGGACUCGUGUGCAUCUGAGGAUGGGGUGCUAUGCAGUGGGCGUGGGGACUGCAUCUGUGGCAAGUGUGUCUGCAGGAACCCUGGAGCCUCAGGACCCACCUGUGAACGCUGUCCUACCUGUGGUGACCCUUGUAACUCUAAACGGAGCUGCAUCGAAUGCUACCUGUCGGCAGACGGCCAGGACCCAGAACAGUGCGUGGAGAAAUGCAGAACCGCCGGUGCCACCAUCAGUGAGGAAGACUUUUCAAAGGAUACUUCUGUUUCCUGCUCUCUACAAGGAGAAAAUGAAUGUCUUAUUACAUUCCUAAUAACCACAGACAAUGAGGGGAAAACCAUCAUUCACAACAUCAACGAAAAAGACUGCCCCAAACCUCCAAACAUCCCCAUGAUCAUGUUGGGAGUAUCGCUGGCUAUCCUGCUGAUCGGAGUCGUCCUACUGUGCAUUUGGAAGCUACUGGUAUCACUUCACGAUCGGAAAGAAGUUGCUAAAUUUGAAGCGGAACGCUCGAAGGCCAAGUGGCAAACGGGAACCAAUCCUCUGUACAGAGGCUCCACCAGCACCUUUAAGAACGUGACCUACAAACACAGGGAAAAGCACAAGGCAGGCCUUUCUGCAGACGGCUAGACAGAGCUGCUUCGGCCAGAGAAAGUCCACCUCCCUGGCACCAAAGGUUCAUGCACUGUUUGCUCUGUCUUUCUUUGUUGCUCCCAAAGCAGGUGGACUUAAGAUAAUAAUGGGUCCUUUGGAGACCAGUCAUUCUCAGCAUGAAGGUGAGACCCUGUUGGCGGGUUCAAAAUCCUCAAGAGAAGAGUAUCCUAAGUAAAGAGCUGAAUCCAAGAUCACUCCAAGAAUAGGAACCCUGUUGCACUGAUGCCUCAAAAAAAAAAAUCAUCAAAAUGAUUCAUGGGACUUGAUUUGCAUUGAAAAA